AACUCCAGUGCGCCUGCGCCGUGCCAGUGCUACCGGAAGUACAUCCACGCACGUGCAGCACAGCGUUUGACAACCUUGAAAAGACUACAAAACAGCUAGCUGGUAGCUUAGGGUUCACAGCAAACCGCUCCAGCGAUGCCUGUAACAAGACUACUAUACCCUCUCUACCAGCUGGGUAACCCUCAGCUGAGGAUCUUCAGACCCAACUGGUUCCUGACGCUGGUGAGACCAGGGAAGGAGCAGCCUCCUGACACUGCCCAGUUUCGCAUCCCAAUGGAAAUGACCAAGUGUGACGUAAAGAACUACCUGGAGAAGAUCUACAACGUUCCUGUGGGAGCAGUCCGCACCAGGAUACAGUUUGGCUCCAAUAAGAAGAGGAAUCACCUAAACCAGAAGGUUAAGAAGCCUGACUAUAAAGUAGCCUACGUUCAGCUGGCACAGGGCCAGACAUUCACCUUCCCAGACAUCUUCCCGGAAAAGGAUCGGACAGCGGCGGAGGGCUCCGUGGAAGAGAUGCAGGAGAAGUUCAUGGAGGACGAGAAGCAGAAGCAGAAACCUGACCCCAGGAGAGGAGGGGUCACGGAGUGGUUCGGACUGUGAGACAGCCCACUGACCGGGAACUCUGUGCUCGUUAUGUGUGUGCGUGGGUGUUUCAUUGGGAACAUGUAUUGAUUUACGACGCGACUGUUGUGAUGUCACUUCUAUUUCUGUGUAGUAAAGAAGAAUGAGCAUGUGUGUGAGAGAGACUGGAGACAUGUGUUUGGUGUGUGUGUGAGAGAGAGAGAGAGAGAGAGUGUGUUUGCGAGGCUUGAGUCCAGUAACUGGAGCCAGAACAGAAUCACAGGAGGAGGAGGAGAGUGGCCCGACUCCAUCUUUCAUGAAACCAGCCCACCGCACAGAAUCUCCAUCACCUCGGAUGACCUCCACUUCUUCCCCCUCCCACUCGUUCUAUUCCACCUCCGUCUCCUGUUCCUCCUCCUCCUCCUCUUCCUCAGCACCUCCUCUUUCCUUAGGAGCUUCGUUUCCUCCUCUAAUGACCGUCUCCCACACUCCUCUUCGUUUGACCACGCUGAGGAGUGGUAUAUUGUGGUAUCCCUAGUAGCCCUGACACUCAGCCAGCUGGAUCAGACCACCUGGACGACCCACAUCCCCUUUUAUGAGUUUGCCUCAGAUUAAUUGACCACUUUAGGUAAACAACAAUUGAGAUGUUGUUUCAGCAAAGCAACGAUAUGGAAUUUGCUGGAGUGUUUUUAUUAUUUUGUGGUAGCACCUCUUGCCAUAACUCUUGAGAGAGGAUUUUACCCAGUGUUUGUGUUUGUGUGUGAUUGCCUAGCGCGCGGGACUUGCCAGUGAAUCUGUCUAAUUGUAAGUGCUGCUGGAAGAAGGACUAAUAAACGGUCACUUGUCCAAAAGUG